GGAGAAGAAAGGGGAACGACCUAUGGGCGAUAAGGAACGAUGUUGGUCUGUGCGUCAGAAUGGACUUGACCGCCUGGCAGAACCAAGGAUCAAUGGAUUGCGACAACCGCCAUGAGCCGCCUCAUUUCACUGUAGGCCUCACCUCAACCUCAUCAACGUCCCUACAACGGGAAAACCCGCUGCCAAGAUGGCUCGAAUACAUGUUAUACUCUUCUUAUUGACCGCAUUAACCUCCCUUCUGGUAUCAGCAGCGGCGCCAACCUUCUGCAAAUGCACCUGCUUCACCAACAGCACCAUCAUCCCCCUCGGCCCACAGCACGACUCCCCGCCCCCAAAGCAGCCUUCAACAGAUGCGGACAAAUCCACCACAGCCACCACCGACCCGCAUCUCCGCCCCCGCCUCGACGACCUCGCUGCGUCCAUCGCCCCGCGUGGCGCCCCCUCGUCGUCGUGCGCGCAGUGCAACCGCGCCUUCUGCCUGCGCUACAACCUCCCCAUCUGCAAGGGCGCCGAGGAGAAGGACGUGACGACCAUGUGCUUCCGCCGCGACAGCCUCAAGGACCAGGUCAUCGUCUGGGGCUUCAUCCUCGGCACCGUCGGCCUCCUCGGCUGGGCCGCCGCCCGCCGCCUUCUCGAGAUGCGCGACGUCGCCGCCGCCGCGCUCCCGAGGGCGGGGUCGGGGCCGGUGUCGGGGUCGGCGGGUGGGAGGGGCUCCGCGGGGGGCGGGUCCCGGCCUGUUGCUGGUUUCGGCUGGGCUAGCUUCUUGAGGAGGAGGGGUAGUCCUGCGGGCGGGAGUGGAUUGAACCCGAGAGAGGACGCGGCGAGGGGCGCGUAUAGCCCUAUCGGGAUUGCGUAUGACGGUGACGGGCGCUGACCGGGCUGAGAUAUUUACUUGAGAUAUGCUGUAAGAGGGGACCGGCGUUGUUUGACUGGACUUUGAUUCCAUUCCAAUACGGUAAUCAUGUAGUGUACAAAUAACACUCUGUGGCCAACUGUGCGAGCCAACUCAUAUCUCCGCAGUGAUGUCCAGCUUGGAGAUGCUGUUCGACCGUUAUCACUACGACGUCUCCGGAACAAGCGAACCGACAGAUGAGCUAUUUUCCUGAGAAAUCUAUAUGGAGAU